AUGAAGAGUAUGAGUGGUAACCAUGUGGUUCACCGUUGCUUGGAGUUAUUCCCUGAUGAACAUACCAAGCAUAUUUUGGAUGUAAUUGCUGAUAACUGUAUGGAUAUUGCGACGGACAGAAGUGGUUGUUGUGUACUGCAAAAUUGUCUGGAUCUUGCUCAGGGAGAACCUAAGGAGCGCCUUGUGGCUGAUAUCACUGCAAAUGCAUUGGUCCUAUCGGAAGAUCCUUUUGGUAACUAUGUUGUACAGUACUUACUGGGAAGGGAAGAUCCACUUGUUAAAGGAGAGGUUUUGGCACAGCUUCAAGGGAAUUUUGCCACUCUCUCCAUGAACAAGUUUAGCAGCAAUGUGGUAGAGAAGUGUUUGAGAGAGACUGGCGAAGAGAAUGCGGUACGAAUUAUUAAUGAGAUUAUCGAGAGCAAACAAUUUUUGUCAGUUCUUCAGGAUCCUUACGGGAACUAUGUGGCUCAAUGCGCGCUGGAAAUAUCUAAGGGACCGUUGCGCCACAGAAUGGUGAGUGAGAUUCAGAGUCAGUACAGCCAGCUGCACAGCCAUCCUCACGGAAAAAGGGUGUUGGCGAAACUAAAAGGAAACAGGCAUCGUUUGUCCAUGUAA